AUGCAGGUUUACCGUUUGCUCGUUAUUAUACUCGUGCAUCCCAGUCUCGCCCACCAUUCCUUCCCUUUACUUUACGCUCCUCUCUCUUCUUCUUUUCUCUUCCUUGAUUUUGUAUCUUUUCUUUUUGUUUUGUUAUAA